AACCUAUUCACUUAUUAUCAAUAUUUUGAGCAAAUAAGGAAAGGGAAAGGAGAGAAUUUCCAACUCUCCAAAAUCUUCGGUUUUUCCUCUUUCUCUCUCUCUCUCUCUCUCUCUAGUCCCAAUCAUCUUCAUCAAUGGCUAUGACAAGUAGGGUUUCCAUUUUCCCAUCAAAUCUUCAUCUUCUUCUUCUUGUAACCGUUUCAUGGCUAUUUUCGUUUGUAAAUGCAUCAAAUUCAACAACGAUAUACGAUGAGUUAAAAGCAAAGGGUCUUCCCGUAGGGCUUUUACCAAAAGGAAUAACAAGGUAUGAGAUCAAUGAUAGCAGUGGUGAAUUCGAGGUUUGGAUGGAAGAACCGUGUAAUGCAAAGUUCGAAAACGAGGUUCACUACGAUCCAAACAUUAAAGGUACCCUUGGUUAUGGUCGGAUCGGGGAAUUAUCUGGUAUGUCUGCUCAGGAACUCUUCUUAUGGUUCCCUGUUAAAGGCAUUCGUGUUGAUCUACCUAGCUCUGGUCUUAUUCACUUUGAUGUUGGUGUUGCUGAUAAACAAUUCUCUUUGUCUCUCUUUGAAGACCCUCCCGAUUGUAACCCCCAGGUUAAAAAUGCUGGAAGUGAUGAUAUACUGAGGGCUGUUUGGUAGAAGAUAAGCAUGUUGCUGCAUUUCAGAGUUAUAGAUCAAAUAGAUCAAUCAGCCUAGCUGUGCCUGUGGUUGGUCUUGUGAUAUUGUUUCUGUACAGUCACAGUCUUUUUCUAUUAUCUGCUUGGAUUGGAAUCAAUCGCCUCUGUCAGGGGACAAAGGAUGACAAUUUUGGUGGUCAGCAACAAUGGCCUAUGGUUUUGGCAAAAUCUGUGCUAUAGUAAGGGAUGUUGGAUUUGGUUGGUUUUGCUAAUAAUGUUCUAUAUUAUACUAAGGUUUUUGUUAUUUGUAUUUUGGUAUUGUCAUUUUUGCACACAAGUUUUUAUGGCUUGUUUUGUGUUUGACUCAACUAUAUUAAUAAAAUAUAGCAUAGUUUGUUGGUGGUUCUUGUAUUGUAAGUAAUUUUGAUUCCUUAUGCCUACAAUUAUAUUGUGAGUACCCUUUGUCUGUUUUGUCUAAUAAAUUUCUGGUUAAAUU